GUGACCUGGCUAACUGCCACAGUGGACACUGUCACUUAGUGGACAAUGGACAUGUAUGUAAUUGCUUUGACAACUUCUUUGGGUCUGACUGCAACAUGUCUCAGGCUGUCUGCUCACAGCAGAGAUGUCAUGGCCAUGGGCAAUGUGUCCGUUCUGAAGAGGGACAGGAAUUGUGCCUUUGUAAUGGAAAUUGGACAGGUGACAGCUGUUCUUUGCUGCGAACUACAAAAAGAACAUAUAGUCUGCUGCAGCAGCCAUUUUGGCUGGGAAUUGUGGUAGUUUUUGCUGGCAUGGCAUUGGGUGGUAUCCUUUAUUACUUCAGGCAGAGGUUUGUGGAUUGCUGGCAUCAGUGCUGUGGUUAUGGAUUAGAGUCCACAGUGCCAGAAACAAACAAGAAGACAUCUGCAUAUGAGUGCAUACUGCCAUCGCACUUGGACACACUGUCCAGCAACAGUGGCAACACCAACAAUGGCUUUAAAUGGGAAGACAGUACCCCUGAAAACAGCAAGAAAACAGUGAACAUUUCAUCAGAUUGCAGAUGCCAGUCAGAAGAUGAAAUAAAUGACCCAUCUUGUGUGUCCCUCACUGCCCAGUUGCCAAGCAGUGAAACAUCCAGCCCAGCAAGUAACACCCACACUAUGACCAAUAGUCAUGUGCUCAUCCAUGUAGAAGAUGUCGUCACCUCCCCUUCAACUCCAUCAAUUCCUACAUCUCCUAUUGUAAAUGAGACAAACAAGGGAGCAGCAGCAAGGUUGUAUGCCGCAUACAACAGUGGCAGCAUGGGAGACACACCAUCCAAUCCCAGUUUGGGCAGCUCUUUACACAUCUGUGCAAAAGAAGACUCAGAAGGGCCCUUGGUUGGCAUAGUAGGUGGACACAUAAAGUUAUUGCACCCUGAGAGUCCUAGCAGCAAAUUGGGAAAUAACCUUGGAGGACACACCUCAAAACGAGGUGGCUUAAUUUCACCUGUGGGUGCUCGCAGGGUACAAAGUUUCCGCACCAUGCGGCAAUGCUCUGUAAAAUGUGAGAACCAUUGCCACUCCGCUGAUAAUAGUCUUCAUGGUGAAAGCAUCACUGAGGUGGAGCCAUCGUCUGUGACUUCUGAUCAGCUUCGACGCUUCAGCGCCACACUGAAUGAAGUGAUGCUUUCUCCCAAGUUCUUAAGUAAGAUCCCAAAUGAAAUUAGCAUCCAGGUCCCAGAGGAAAUAAGUGAUGGUGAAGAGAAUGCCUUCAGUUAUGGGGAGGCAGAUACAAGCCGAUUGCAAGUGAGAAAAUAUAUUUCGGACUCCAUUAGAAGCCGAUGUGGUCACAGGAUGAGUCAAGGUUCAAGGGAAGACAACAUGAAUUUCCUACAAGUAAGUGAUGGUCACAGAAGUAGGCAUCAAUCUAGUAUGAGUUGGAACACAGAAUAUGAUGACAUUAAUCAACGUGCUUGCAACAAAAUGGAUGACUUUGGAAAAAGCACAAACUUUUCAGAUAGUGGCAACACCAGAAAUGACAGAACAUUUAAAUGUCAGACUUGCUAUAGUGAUGAUGGAUCCUCAUAUUCUCUAGGAGAUCAUAACUUUAAGAAAUCUGAACCUAAAAGUAGGAAAUCCCUGGGAAUCACAAGUGGUGUGAAACAUUCCAGCAGUGCAGAUGAUAUGCUCAAUUAUUUUUCCCAGUCACAAAGACAACAAAUUUCAAGUUCUGACCUAUCCCAGGCAUCUAUUAAUCAUGAAAGAUGUUGUCAGAACCGUUGCCAUUCUUGUUGUAUUAAACAUGUAAAUAGAAAGCAUUACAAUUCCAAGGCUAGAUCAACAUCAAGUGAUAAACCACCCAAAGUGCCCAAUGGUAAAAGAAAGAAAAGCCAUAGAAGGUUAAGAUAUAAAGAGGGCACUGCGUCCCCUUCUGCCACUGUUAUUGGUUCACUGGACCGGUUGGCCUGCUCAGAAGAGACCAAGAUGUCUCCCCGUCACCACAUUGAGCCCUCAGCAAACCAUCACCACUUAUUCAAAAGUGAUUCUGACCCAAAUCAGUUCAGAUUCUCAGAUGAAUCUAAAAGAUCAAACAGAGUUGAGAGAACUUACAAAUUUCUACACAAUAUGGAAAAAGUUCACUGCGAUGCCAUGCCUGCUCUGCCUCAGGACAGAAACGAGCUGCAGUUGCCUAAUGCAACAGAUUCUGGACAUUUUUCUGAGGGUUCCAGCACACUUCACAGUGAUGUUGCCCAGCAGGUUAGCACAAGUAGUGGGGAACUUCCUCAUCCUCGUUCACCUCCUCCUCAUUCCCCUCCUCCUCCUCAUGCUCAACAAAAAAUGCGACAAAGGUAUCAUUCAGUGGGGGGUGCCAGACCUAAAGUAAGACAGGAAUCUUUACACAAGCUCAGCUUGAAGAGAGCAGCAGAGAAAGCAGUGAAUAAGCAUUUCUUUCAUGAUCCUGCACAACACCAACAAAGAAAUGAGCCCAAUCUCAGUUCUGUAUCCUCUGUCUCUGAAGUGAAAAGUUCACCAGAACAUCUCCAACAGGCAAACCGGAGUCCCAUCUCUGGAACUUUGGGACAAAAAUUUGUAAUGCCAGCCCCUGAUGGCCAACAGCAGCAGAGCUCUUCAAACAGGCAAGGCAGUCUGGGAUGUAGCGAAUCCAUUCUUCUGACACCAAAGGUGGUUUCCCUACAGAGGAAAGGUCAGAUUCUUUCCUCCCCUCGAUACAAGUUUGGAAGCAGUAAGGUGCAGAGUCCAAGCCUGACUGGACAUUGGAAACAGGCAGAAGACUCUGCGUACCAAAGCAAUGACCAGUCCAUCGAUAAGUGGCCAGGGCCACAGAGCCCUGUACCUAAUAAUUCCUCAUUCAGAAGCUCUCUUGUGGUCUACCCCGAGGAGGAGCAUGGAAUGUCAAAUAGUGAUGGCAAUCAGGAUGUCAGGUCCCAAUUAGAACAAGCAGCCAAGAAACUCCAAGCCAUUCAAACAAGAACUCUUCAACAAAGGUCAGGUGUUAACAAAGUGGAGUCCAAAUACAAGAAAAACCGCCCCGCUCCUCUGGACUUAAAGUGCAUCAGUAACAGAAUAAGUGAAGAUCUGACCAGGGAAAGGUUUCAGCAGAAUACACAGUUUAUUCCACACCAAAGUCCAAAUUUGGGUGGGUUAGUGGAGGACGCCGGUCCUAGGGAAGACCUAAACAAGGGCUUUUUGCUCAGGGGCAAAAACCUGAAGGAUGAAAUGUUGUAUAAUAUGGAUUCCAAAGAGAUAGCAAGCAAAGGACAUAAGCUGCAGAACACUGGCCCAAAGGAACAUAUGAACCAGGGGCACAUGUUUAUUUGUUUAUUGGAUAAACAAAGAGAUGAUGAUGUACCUCAAUCACUGAUGUGUGAAACAUGGGUAUGACAAUGCACUGGAAUACAUACAUGUAUACAUUUAUUAUUAUUAUUAUUAUUAUUAUUAUUAUUAUAUGUGAAUAUUGGGUCUGUGUUAUUCAUUUCUUUAGCUCACAACAGUCUAGGACUUACCAUGUGUUAUUGGGUUCUAGUCCCAGUUCAACAUCAAGGGCCAUAGGCUGUGAGGGUGGGGGUGGGGGGUGAGAUCUCCGCUUGCCCCCUCCCAUCCCCUCUCCCCAAGAAAUAUUUGAAUUUUUAUGUGGAUUCUUUUUGAAGUUUCUUACAUUUCCUUCAGUUGGUGCCUAGAUAAGUGGUGCUGUUAGACUAUAAGCAUUUAUUUCUAGCACAUUUUAUGUGUCAAGCAUUUAUUACAUUUGCUCAUUCUUCUUUUUUUCUUUAAUGGCCCUGACAUUUCACUGAGGUGCUACACUGUAGCAGGUUUUAAAUGUACAUUGAUGAGCUGGCACAACUAGACACCCUUAGAACUGUUAAUUAGACAAUGACUGAGAUUUUAUAAGCAAGGAUUUUGAUACAUGUGUAUCAUAACACAAGCAGCUAAGAACCUCGUGUUACAUUUUACCAGUGAAUAUUUUGCAAUGGUGGAGGCUGAUGGCCAUCCUGAGAUCUUGUCACAUUGACCCACCAACAACACAUGGGUCCUACUGUAGAUCCAACUGAUGUUGGAACUACUGCACAAGCAGCAUACAAACUUAGCACAUCCUUAAUAACUAGAAGGAAUAUGUAUUCAUUAUAUUUAGGCCAUAGUCCUUUCAGUGCAUAAAAUGCACUUGUAUUGGGGGUACACGUACUAG